CAGAAUUCCCACUGCCUAGAGUAGCCCAACAGUUAAAUGCACUGCUAGGAAAAGCUGCUUUAAGAAGGCUGGUUCCCAUGUGGGUAUAUUCCCUAAUCUACAUUUACACAGCACGUAACUCGACAAGUACUUUCACAUUCAUAUUACCUUCAACACUGCAACAAAUAAGAAAUGGAUAUUUAGAUGAGAACAAAAUAGAAACUCCUAGAAGCAAGAAAAGGAGUGUGACUCAAUCAGGGAAAUUCCUAUUAAGAGGACUGCUGGUGUAUAAAAUGCACUAUAUAUUCCAACACAAAUUUCCUUUCAGGUCCAGUGUUUCUGCUCCAAGAAGAGACCAUCACACCUGAAGCAGCAGCAGCAGCAGCAGCAGUAAACAACCAUGAGUGUGAAGGGCGUGCUUUUAGUCUUGGCUGUGAUACUCUGUGCUACAACUGUUCAAGGCUUCCCCAUGUUCAAAGGGGGACGCUGUCUUUGCACAGGCCCUGGAGUAAAAGCAGUCAAAGUGGCAGAUGUUCAGAAAGCCACCAUAAUUUACCCAAGCGGCAGCUGUGACAAAACAGAAGUAAUUAUCACCCUGAAAGCAAAAAAAGAACAAUGCCUGAAUCCCAGAUCCAAGCAAGCAAGACUUAUAAUCAAGCAAAUUGAAAGAAAGACUUUAAGAAAUCAAAAUGUAUGAAGUCCUGGAAAAGAGGAUUUGAAACUCCAAAACAAGUUUAACUGUGACUGCUGAAAUAAGAAUUCUCCUGCCUAAAUUUCUCCUGCCUAAAGCAAUAUACAUUCCUGCAUUUCUGGAAUGAUGAACCUUCUAGGAGAUUUGAUGCUUACAACCACUCUGUUAUGACUAUGAAAGUAUUUCUGGAAACAUCAUCUGUACUUGGUUCAUAUGACCGUAUCUGUGGUUAUACUGAAGAUAUUAUUAUUGCAGCCAAGUCCUUGCAAGUGAAAAGUAUCCGUGUAGGGGUCAGCAUUGUGACCGUGCAUUUAGCAGUAUCAGAGUACCAGCAUUCCAUACUGGAGCUCCAGUUUGAGUCCCGGUUGCUCUGCUUACAAUCAGGCUCCUUGCAAACGUGCUUGGGAAAAUAGCAGAAGACGGCUCAAGCACUUGGGUCCCUGCUACAUAAAUGGGGAACCCAGGUGGAGUUCCUGACUCCUAACUUCGGUCUUGCCCAGAUCCAGCUUUUGCAGACACUUGGAGAAUCAACCAGUGGAUGGAGGUGGAUCUCUCACUGUUUCUCCCUGUCACUCUGCCUUUCAAAUAAAUAAAUAUUUUAAAAAAUACAAUGUAAAAACAUGAAUGUAAUAAAACAUUCCUCAAAUAAUUUUUCCUGUAAAUAUAAAUUUCCUUACCUAAAUAUAAUAAACACAUACAUAUUUAGGAAAAUAUAUAUCAUUUUGUUUUAUAGAAAGACUGUGAUUCAUGAAAUGUAGUAUAAAAAUUGUAAUAGGAAAUUGGUAAGAAUGCAUGCAUUUCCUAAUUGAAUCAGUAGUACGGGUGUUCAAUUUGUUUUCAACUUUUUUCUUUUCAUUGAGAUGUUCUGAAGAGAUGCCUGGGGGGAUUAAGAUGGUGGAGUAUGAAGGAAGCUUGCUGCUCUAGUCUAGGAGAAGAUAGUUUAAUAUGGGAAAGAGUGCAGUCUCAGGGAAGAGUUAGGAAGAAAACAGCACAGGAAACUCUAUGCAAACUGGAGGGACACAGUGGACCUAUGUGGAGGGUGACGACAGCACAAAACUCAGAACCCCAACAGCUGGGAGGCUCCACAACAGCACUGGAAAGUGAGGUGAAACCAGAAUGCAACAGUCCGCGCCACUGGCAAAAAAAUAAAGCGACAGGAAGAGCCUAGAGGGAAUUCAGCUUGGAGCUCUGUGGGGGAAAAGCCAAAGUAGAAGAGAAAAAACAAAAGUGGGGGGGUCAUGUUUUCUCUCUCCCUGGUUACCCUGCAACUACAUCCUGUAACAAGCUGAUAGAGAGCUGGUGCCAUUUUGGACAUACAUAACAGCUGCGCCAGCUCGUGUCUGUGCCCAGCAACCAGCCAAGUGGAGAAUUCAGAGUCUGGUGGGUAGAACAGCCAGGGGGCUGGGUGCUUUGUGCGGGAGGCUUGUGUGCCAGGACUGUGAACACUGAGGCUGCGUGGGAGGACUCAGGGUGUGGCUGGGACUUUGGGCAGUCAUCACAGGAGGCGCCACACAAUCAGGGCUCCCUGAUUAGCUGGCAAGGCACAUUGCUUGGAAUUUGAGCUUACACUGAGGACUGCACAGAUCCUUUGUGUGGUCCUUGUGGCAGAGUGGAUGAAUAAUAUAAGAAAGUUCAGAAACUAUACUGUGGUGAUGGUUACAUAACAUUGUGAAUAGGCUUAAUACUAGUAAACUGUGCACUUAAAAAAAUGGCUAAGAUAGGGUCUAGUUAAGCCUCUGCCUGCAAUGUCAGCAUCCCAUAAGGCACCACUCCAAGACCCAGCUGCUCCACUUCUGAUCCAGCUCCCUGCUAAUGUACCUGGGAAAGCAGCAGAAGACAACACAAGUGUUGGUCCCCUAUACCCAUGUGGGAAACCUGAAAGCAGCUCUAGGCUCCUGGCUUUGGCCUGGCCCAGUUCUGGCUGCUGUGGCCAUUAGGAGAGUGCACGAAAAGAUAGAAGAUCAAAAUCAAUCAAUCUCUCUCUCUCUCUAGCACUCUGACUUUCAAGUAAAACAAAUUUUAAAAAUGGCUACAAUGGUAGAUUUCAAAUGUAUCCGACUACAACAAAAAAAUAAGGAGGUGGGCAUGUGGCAGAGUGGGUUAGGCUAUCACUUGGGAUGCCAGAACCUGAUAUCCAAGGG